GUUGCGAGCUUCGAUUCAGAUAAGUACCGGAGCUGUUUCUUGCAGCAUAUCCAAGCUCCGUAUUCUCCUCUACAGUAUUUAUUGAGAUAAACCAUUCGGGUAAAAUGGCGUCCGCUUCCGCCGAAAGUGAAGUGGAUGACCUGGCUAGUGGCCUGGCCUCCUGUAGCAUCGAUUUCGAAAGAAGACUUGCGGUCGAGGAGCGAUUAACGUCCCUUGAUAUACCAUUCAAUUGGAAACCACAGAAUUCUGGAUCUUACAGCAAUGAUCCGGAAGUUGCUGUUACUCAUUUCAAAAGAAAGUUGGAAGAGAUGUGUGAAAAACAAUAUGAGGUCGACUUCAAUCGCUUUUGUUGUCAUUUGACACUGGCUCAAGAAUUGAACAAUCAUAAUACUAAACUAUUGCAUCAAAAAUUGACCAAACAUAAUAGUGCGUGUGCAUUGAAGAAUGUUUUACAAUGUGAGCCAUGGUUCAAGAGUGUCAAAACUGGCACAUGUGGAGAAAAAGACAUUUUAUCCAUCAGUAAAGCAAUCGAAUACAUUCAUUUAGGCUCCAAAGCUUUUGCUCUCUUCAAGUGUGGAUUCCAAGAUGAAGCUGAAAAGCUGCUACGUGAAAUUCCUGUGCUGAAGGCAAUGGAAGAUGAGCAAGUAUCAGGAAUUUAUGGUGUAAAAGCUUGGACUUUUAAGCAAUAUGGAGUGACGGGAUUUGAGAAAGCAUUGGAAUUCAUCAACGUUGCCAGAACUAAGCAUCCAACAAUGGCCGAGUGGCACUUCUUAACUGGAAGAAUCUUGUCAAAGAUUCGCUACAUGAAAUUUACUUUCAUGGCCGCCUCAGACGAAGAGGCGAAUUCCUACUGCACCGCCUACAAGCUAAACCCAGAAAACGAGGUCUAUGGAGUGUACGUAGCACAGAUCACUCGCGAAAAGGCAUAUCAACUGUUCCAAGAAUCUCGUCAUGACAGAGAACAAAGUAAAAAGGUCAUAGACAAAAUUGACAAAAUGAAUGACGAAGCGUUUUCGCUAUACAUGAAGAUGUUAGAAAGUGAAAACAAGGAUGCGAGUGUCUUAGCUCUAACAGCCUAUGGUUUGGCAAAACUGCCCAAGCCAUACAGAAAAGUAAAUUUAGCAGUAAAAACAAUUUUGAAGGCGCUGGAAUUAUAUCCAUCUAAUCCAUUUAUUAAUCAUUAUGCUGGUUUGAUCCACAUUCGUUAUGUGAAGGAUACUACUAGAGGGCUUGUCUUUCUCAAACAAGCCGUGGAACAAAGAAAUGUUCCAGCAUUGAUGGAUCUUUUAAAAUUGAGAUCUGAUAUCGAUCCUCAUUUCGAUCCUAUGCCCUGGUUGACCAAGGCAUUGGAAAGAUAUGAGGACUACAAAUCGAUUAUCCUCACUGAAAUGGCGUCUUGGUAUUUUUUUAAAAAAGAAGAUGUUUUCCGCGCCUGGCAUCAUCUAAAGAAAAUAACAAACGACUAUUUUGCCAAAAAUCACAAAUGCAGCACCUUGAGAAUGACACAACCAUGCAACUUGUACGAAGUUAUUUUCGACGAAGUAAAGCUUCUGCUAGCGCAGGAACGUUUCAAAAUGCAGAUAGAAAAGGAGAUGAAGUUGAUGUCCAUCCACAAAAAAAUGCAGAAGUAUUGUCCGUGGUCUCAUCCUACCGAUUACAGGAAUUGCAAGGUUGCUAUCUUCAAUGAAUCGGAUCGAAUCAUGAGGUUUGAACAGGAAAGACUUAAUAGGAGUGGUGUGAGUAAUGAGAGAGGGUGUAAUUUACAUGCUAGUGGCAGUAACAGGAGUUCAACUGAUGACCUUUCCAGAGGGGACUCCACUUUUAUGCGUGGGAACUCUUCUAAUCCCAGAGGAAGAUCGUCUUACAAUAGAGGAAGUUCUACUAAUGUCAGAAGCGGUUCCAAUGCUACAGGUGGCUUUUCCAACAGCAGAGGUGGGUGGUCCAGAGUCAGUGUUGAUGCUAAUGCUGAUAAAAGUGCCAGUCAAACCGGUUUGAACAUCGUUCUAAGCGAAGACACAAGUUCCAGAGAUGACACACGUUCCAGAGAUUCAGAAAAAUCUAACAGAGGUAGAGGAGGAACCAUUAGAGGUCGUGCUGGAAUUACUCAUGAAAAUAUUCAAAGUGAAGGGGAUAACUCUGGUCAAAGUGCCAGUCAAACUGGUUUGGUCGUUGUUUUGGACGAGGUAUACCAGAAUUCAAGGAGAGACACUCGUACAAGUGGACGAGGAAGGUCCAACAGAGGUAGAGGACCUGGUAGAGUAACUAGAGGAGGACAUAAUGACUCUGGUCAAAGUGCCAGUCAAACUGGUUUGGUCGUAGUUUUGGACGAGGUAUACCAGAAUUCAAGGAGAGACACUCGUACAAGUGGACGAGGAAGGUCCAACAGAGGUAGAGGACCUGGUAGAGUAACUAGAGGAGGACAUAAUGACUCUGGUCAAAGUGCCAGUCAAACUGGUUUGGUCGUAGUUUUGGACGAGGUAUACCAGAAUUCAAGGAGAGACACUCGUACAAGUGGACGAGGAAGGUCCAACAGAGGUAGAGGACCUGGUAGAGUAACUAGAGGAGGACAUAAUGACUCUGGUCAAAGUGCCAGUCAAACUGGUUUGGUCGUAGUUUUGGACGAGGUAUACCAGAAUUCAAGGAGAGACACUCGUACAAGUGGACGAGGAAGGUCCAACAGAGGUAGAGGACCUGGUAGAGUAACUAGAGGAGGACCUACCAGAAGCCAAGCUGGAAGUUCCUAAAAGAAUACUCCUGCAAAAGAAUGGUCUAUUAGUCGAUGAAGUAUAAAUCGAUUUGAAUCAAUAACUGAUGUAUUAAGUGUAGCCUUAAAACAUGUCAAUGAUUGGAGUGAUCCGUGGUCUAGUGUAAGCACUCUAUCCACUGCGUAGCAGCAUAGAGAUCCCGGGUUCAACCCUCUUACAACCAAAAGUUCUUAACCAGAUCACUCCCGUGUUAUCAGAUGAUUACGAACGUUAACUGUCGGUCCCGGCUGAGUCGUAAGGCCCAAUGACGGCUUAAAUUAUAAAUUCAAGUGAAGUGGGACCUACACCAACAUAUUUAUGACCAUAUGAAUUUACUUUACUUUAUGUCAAUGAUUUUUUUUUUUCAUUCAAAAUUUACAUUAUUAUUAUAUUUACAAAAAGUCAUAUUCUAGCUUUUUUUCAUUUAUAAUUUAUUGCUUUGUAAUCAAAUCAAAUAAAUCUUUAUCCACAAAAUAAGUAAAUACAGCGGCAGAGAUGCCAUAAUAGCGCCAGAGCGGCGCAAAUAUGUACAUAGUGAAUAUUGUAUAUUCUCCAUGACUCGAGUUGAGGAAAUUAUUUUUGUAAAUAUUCUAGAAUCCUUAUUUUUGUUUAUUGUAUAUUCUGUGAGUAUUCCCCACAAACACAAAAAUGUGGGUAAUAAUAUAAAUGUAUGCUGUAUAAUUGUAUAUUCUCCAUGACUCCAGUUAAGGAAAUUGUUUUUUGUAAAUAUUCUAGAAUCCUCAUUUUUAUAAUCUCCUCAAUAAUUUUGGAAAAGCGUUUCAAUAGGCUUAUGGGAAGUAUCCCUUCAGCAAAGCAUCUGUUAAUAAUAUGUUUUAGUAGAUUAGCAAUACAAUCACUUAUUACUUUCAGACAAUGUGUAUAAAUAUUAUUUACACCUGGAGUGGUAUUAUUUUUCAAAUCACCUAUAACUUAAUAGCCUAAUAACAAAUGACAUAAUAAUAAUAAUAAUGACUAUUAAUAAGUAAUGCUGACAGUUGAAUGUAAAUUUAUUUCACUAUAGAAGUGCAAGCUGCCAGCAUUGGUGAAUGAUGAUGCAGGAAAUCGUGUUAACUUAUAACACUGCAACCGCAAGCAUCACAUGACAAUGGAAAUCGUGUUAUAAAAUUUAUGUUCAAGUCGUUGCAUAAAUGUUCAAAAAUGUUUUCAUGGAUUUCAUAGAAAAUGCAAAUCUCCCAGAUUUGGUUGAAAAGAAGAGUAAAAAGAAAUCUGAAUACAACACAUAUUGGAUACAAAACUACUCCUGGAGAAAUAAUCUAUAUAAACGAGAAUUUAACCAAGGUUAGAAGAAAUAUUUACAAGGAAG